UGAGAGUCGUGGUGUUACGGCUCUGGAAUGCAUUUCGUCAGUCCCCGCUAGCUUUCGUUUCGCAUCAGCUGGAGCUUUUGGCGGCUGACAGAGCUAUCAUUCGGUCUGUUUGUCAUCUCUUUUACAGGAAAAGAGGGUCAAAAGCACCGAUAUGGCUCCAGCUCAGUCGGUGUUUCUGUUAGCCGUACAUGUCCUGCUCAUAUCCGAGUUCAUCCUGGCAAAGAGGGACUACUAUGAUAUUCUGGGGGUCCCCAAAGAUGCCACGGAGCGCCAUAUCAAAAAGGCUUUCCACAAACUGGCUCUGAAGUACCACCCCGACCGGAACAAGGGCCCAGACGCGGAGGCAAAGUUCAGAGAAAUAGCAGAGGCAUAUGAAACGCUUUCGGAUGACAAGAGAAGAAGAGAGUACGAUCAGUUCGGCCACAGCGCGUCCUCGACAGACGGCCCCGGAGGAGAAGGAAGCGGCCACUAUAACUUCAAACAGCACUACCAAUCCUUCAACUUCGACGACAUUUUCAAAGACUUUGACGCCUUCGGCCAGCAGCGACACCAACACCACUUCCACUCCCACAACCAGGCGCACCAGAAAAGACAGUUCGACGGCCACUUCCAGGCCCACCGAGAGGCCAUGAACAAGCAGCGGCGGGUGUUUCAGCACUCCAGCUUCGGGGGCGGGGUCUUCGACGACAUGUUCGAGGACUUGGAGAAGAUGUUCUCCUUCAACGGGCACGCCUCCAGGACUGACGGCAGGUUUCAGGGCUCGGCGAAGCAGCACUGCAGGACGGUGACUCAGCGCAGGGGGAACAUGGUGACCACGUUCACCGACUGCUCCUGAGGGGACGGCUGAAUGCUAAUUUAUCACUUUGUGGACAAUACCGGGGUAGGACCCACCCACUCUGCAAACCAGCGGAAGCAAGUUUUACAAAUAGAUGUUUUGGAAAUGAUUUCUUUUUUUUUUGUUCUAUCCACGCUGGCCUGAAAAAUGACAACUUGAAAGCAAUAUUGUUGCUCCUAGCAUAAAAAAAGAGUGCCAGGAUCAUUGAGGUCAUUGAUAAACUUUGAUUCAUCUUUAUUUUUGUGAUGGUACGAUCCAAAAGACUUGGCUCAUUUUCUCUUUUGAGGAUAGUGAAGCCAUGAGUCUUCAUUAUGUAACCUUUAGUUCUGCUAUUAUCACCUGCAAACCCCCCCCUCCCUUUUUUUUGCCAAUUUGAAGGAGCAGCCGUGACAGUUUUUUAGUUUGAAAAAAGAUCUGAUGUGAAAGAGGCACAAGUCGUCACUGUUUCCUCCAUUUGAAUUCUCCAGAGGAAGUUUAUCGGUUCAUGCUAAGCUGUUCUUUGUCCGACAAUAAGAAAAUAUGCUUGCCAGUGAAGCUAAAUGGUCUGAAAAGUUUCCAAACGGAUCAAAAUGUGCAAUAUGUUGCCUAUCAUUCAAGACAAUGCUGUCAUUGUCUUACGUCUGCACUUUACGUACGUGUGUGUGUGUGCUGUUAAUAAACUGCAUCCUUUUUGAGUGAUAUAAAAAAA